AGUGAGCACUACGGGAGCCGCGCUGGGCCAGAAGAGUCUGAAUAGGGAAUGAAUGGGCUUUGAGCCGGGGGAGCGUCGCUGUAGGAACCCGGCGUAGGCCUGUGAGCGGCCGAGCAUGGAGGACGACGCGCCGGUGAUCUACGGGCUGGAGUUCCAGGCACGUGCUCUGACGCCUCAGACUGCAGAAACAGAUGCCAUUCGGUUUUUGGUUGGGACACAGUCUCUUAAAUAUGAUAAUCAGAUCCACGUCAUAGAUUUUGAUGACGAAAAUAACAUUAUAAAUAAAAAUGUCCUCCUCCAUCAAGCGGGUGAAAUCUGGCAUAUCAGUGCCAGUCCUGCAGACAGAAGUGUGCUGGCCACCUGCUACAAUAAAAACAGCAAAGUCCUGACAUGCGCGGCUGUGUGGAGGAUGCCGAAGGAAUUGGAACCAGGCAGUCACGAGUCCCCUGAUGAUUCGUCGAGCACUGCGCACACCCUGGAGCUGCUCUGUCACCUUGACAACACAGCCCGCGGCAGCAUGGCCUGUGUCACGUGGGAGCCCACAGGCGAUGGGACGAAGGUCAUCUCGUUGGCCGACAACCACAUCCUGCUGUGGGAUUUGCAGGAAAGCUCCAGCCAGGCCGUGCUGGCCAGUUCGGCGUCCCUGGAAGGGAAGGGACAACUGAAGUUCACUGCGGGACGGUGGAGCCCUCAUCACAGCUGUACUCAGGUGGCCACGGCGAACGACACAGCCGUGCGUGGGUGGGACACGCGGAGCAUGAGUCAGGUGUACUGCAUAGAGAACGCCCACGGGCAGCUGGUGCGGGACCUGGACGUCAACCCCAACAAGCAGUACUACCUCGCCAGCUGCGGCGACGACUGCAAGGUGAAGUUCUGGGACACCCGCAACGUCACCGAGCCUGUGAGGACCCUCGAGGAGCACUCCCACUGGGUGUGGAACGUGCGCUACAACCACUCACACGACCAGCUCGUCCUCACUGGCAGCAGCGACAGCAGAGUCAUCCUGUCCAACAUGGUGUCCAUCUCCUCGGAGCCCUUUGGCCACCUGGUGGACGACGAUGACCUCAGUGACCAGGAGGAGCGCCACCCGGAAGAGAAGAGCCAGGAGCCCCCGCAGGACAGCGUCAUUGCCACCUAUGAGGAGCACGAGGACAGCGUCUACGCUGUGGACUGGUCCUCAGCCGACCCCUGGCUGUUUGCCUCCCUGAGUUACGACGGGAGGCUCGUCAUCAACCGGGUGCCCAGGGCGCUGAAGUACCACAUCUUGCUCUAGCCCCGUGCUGACGCCCUGGCUGGCUCUGCAGAGCGGCUCUUUGGAGGCAGUGCGUUCCCACCGCAGACGCCCCUCUGGGAACUGGCACUGCCGUCCUCUAGUGGGCGCGUUUGUAAGUGCCGCCUGAGCUCCUGCCCGCGGCGCCUCGCUGGGAAGGGCACCGUCCUCCAGACCACGCGGGGCUGUGGCCCCUGGUUUCGGGAAUUGGCGUCUGCCCAGUCACUGCCGGCUUUCUCGUACUCUUUUAUGGAUGUUGAGAGAUUCACUUUUAAAAAAUCAUUCUGUUUCCUUAAUACGAAUUCAUCUUUCUCUUGAGAUUAAAAAUAAAAUGACAUGAGAAGGCCCUGCCA